CUCUCUUCGCCGGCUCAUGCACUGGUGACCAGGUGGUUCAUGAGGAUCGAUAGGCGUCACAACAACAACAAAACGCCGUAGAUCUGGUUCCUUGGAUCUUCACUCCCACCCAUCUCUUCACGUGGAUCCACCGCUACUCGUGGACGUCGGUUCUGUCGGUUCCUUCUGUCGGCAGUGACUAAUGGGGCUGGGUCAGAAACCCCUCAAGACUCCGGGCGACCCCUACCGCUGGCUGACCCCCUUUCGAGCCGUCAAGCAGGCUGCAGCGGCGCUUCGGUCCUUGGGAGAGAAGCAGACGCCCCUGGACGGUCUCAUCGAGUCCAACCGGCGCUUGCUACGGCCGGAUGGGUAUCUCGAUCUCAGCGAGCUGCCGUCAACCGUCACUGUCAAGGCCCUGAGGAACGUCCGCACGGCCAUCGAGCGGCAAAGUCAGGAGGCAGAGGCCAGCACCGACCCGCAGGCCGCCGCCACUGGCCUCUUGCAGUGCACGGAGCUCGGCAAGUUCGCUCAGAAGUUAUUUGCAGGACUCAAUGAAGUUCGGCGGCUCUCCUUGGCCAACCAGGUUGCUAUGACGCGGCUGGCCCUGCAGACAAGCGAGCUGGAAAAGCAGUGUGUCAAGAAGGCUUUGACGGCCAUCACCAAUCAGCACAGCUCGAGCGGCAACAGCAACGAGAGCGGUCGGCAGGCUCAGCCUGCCGAGGCCGUCGACAAGCGGCUGGUUUCCUCCCCAGCAAUCGACUUCAGAUUGGCUUUGGCUCACCGGAUCGGCGAGAGGGCCAGGGAUGAUGUCCUGACGCGGCUGAAUGCCUGUGAGGAAGCAUUGCUGAAGAUGGUUACCCUGGCGCCUAAGGGCGGUACGCCUCACCUCGAGGUCCACGUGAGCGAGGUCACAGCAUCGGAUCGGUUCAAGAGCGACUACCGCAAGUCCAAAAAGAGCGACAUCCUGAAGGUCCCCAUCCAGCGUGUCAAUUUUGAGUACCUCGUGGCGGUUUUCAACUCGGCAGAGGCGCGGCGGCAGUUGUGGGAAAUAUAUGCCAAGGACAUGGACGACGAGAAGAUCGCCGACGCCAUGCUGCGGGUGCUGCGGGUGCGGCAGGAGAUGGCCCAUGCGAUGGGCUACAAGUGCUGGGGCGACAUGCAGAUACACAAAAGGUGAGGGAGGGGACUAACCAAGGCAAGCAGACGCAUCGCAUCAAUUUCGUGGGCUCUCCUCCCCUCACUCACCUGCGGUGCGGUGCAUUCAGGAUGGUUGAGACCCGAGGCAGCAUUCGCCAGCUCCAUCGCGAUGUGCAGACUGCCCUCCACGCCCCCCUGCAGUCGGUGAUCAAGAAUGUGCUCAGGUCCAUCAGCCUGCAGGAGCGGCAAAGCGGCAAAGCGCCCGCGAGGAAGCGGCAGCCGGGCGGGGGAGGUGGCAGUGAGUCAAAGAUCGACUACGUCGACUUCCAACACUUCGCCAUGAACGUGUGAACAAAUGUGUCUGUCGGCUGGUCACUCUGCCUACGCGACACUACACGUGCUCUCUGUGUGUAUGGUGGUGGUGUGUGUGCAGGAGGUUGGAUACCAGCAGGGUUUUGACCUGAUGGAUUACUUCUCGCAGCAGUAUUCGGUGCCAAAGAUCCUCGAGAUGCUGUCGGAGCUGCACGGCUUCCACAUCGAGCUCGUCCCAACGGAUGUCUCCAACCUCGGCUGGCCACCCAACUACCAGAUCCACGCCGUAUACGACAGGCAGGAGCACCAGGUGGCCCCCGACACCGCCCGCCCGAUCGUCUUCCUCUACUUGGCCUGCACGCAGCACGCAACACUUCUCGACUUUGUCCGGGUGCCGAUUCCCGUCAACAUCCCCCCACACGCGCAGAAGCUGGCCGAGGGUCACAUCAAGGUGUAUGUGCCCAACAUGCCCCACAACCCAGGACUGGCACUGCCGCUCAACCUCUCCCUGGUUGGUAUAUGUGGUACUCAAUAUAUAUCUACCCCCUUAAGCCGGGGAUGGAUGGAUGGAUGUGUGUGGUUGCGUUGUGUGUGUUCAGGUCUCGACCAUUUGUCAUGAGUUGGGUCAUGCGGUGCACUACAUCCACCAGAUGCGGCACCAGCGGCGGCUCAGACACGCCCAGCCACUGACGGCAGGGGAGGCCAGGUGGAGACAGGUACCUACCUGAUGGAUGGAUGAAUGGAUGGAUGGGCCGGCCAACAAACAAUCAAGCCAACCAUGCCAUGCCAUGUGUGUUUGUCAUCUCUCUCCGUCUCUCUGUGUCGUGUGUGUCUGCACGCACUCACUUAGGCGGAGGCAUCCGAUGCGUUUUGGGACGUGGAGCUCCCGACCGACAUCCAGGAAACGGCCGCCGUAUACCACGAGUAAGUCACGGCGACUAAGGGCACAGCGCAGGCAGUCGGGCAGCUAGCACGGACAAUCCUUUGUCCCCCUGUCUGUUUGUUUCCUUGGCUCAGGCACCUGUUUCGGGACCCGAGUGUGCUCGCAAAUAUCAGCAAGCACAUCAAGGACGGCACGCCCCUGCCGUCAUAUCUCGCCAAGUAAGACUGGCAGGCAGGCAGGCAGGCAGGCAGGCAGCGAGUGGUCGAGCAAGGGCCUGAGGGAGGGUAGGGUCAGGUCAAGUGGUGGAAUGAGUGGAAGCGUGUGAGUCCGUCCGUCCUUUGACUGUCUGUCAGGGUGUGCCCGUUCGAUGUCCUCUACCACCUGCAGUAUCUGCAGUGGUCGGAGAUUGACGACCAUAUCCACGGGCCGGACCUCGACCCAAACAAGUACGCCAUGGUGCACUCACUCCACACCCCCCCCAUCUCUCUCCCUCUCUCUCUGGUGCGUGCAUCCGUCAAUCCGUCAAUCUGCAGGUGCACAGCGGCCGAGCUGGUGUCGACAAUGGGGUCCAUCUUCACCAAGAUGCUGCCCGUCAACCUCCCCAACAACUGGACCGCACCCCUACUCAAGAACUGGAUGAUCUUCGCCUUCACAAGGUUGGUUAGGAGUGUGUGAUUCUUGCACCUCACACACACACACAGCCAGCCACACACGCAUCCACGCAUGUGUCGCUGUCUGUCUGCCUGUCUGUCUGUUUGCCUGCUUAUGUCAGCAUGGGAUACGCCGGCAUCACCAGCGUCUACCUGUGUGCCCAUGUCCGCGCGUCAUGCGCAGUGGCCGCGUACCGCCGCGCCAGGCAGAACAAGGCGGCCCUGGCAGCCUACUCGGAGAAGCUGCAGGGCUUCCUGCAGCACCCCGUCUACCCUGACGCGGCCUUCCGACUGCACUCCACACUGGACCCCUCCCAGGGGCCGCUCGACCCCACACUGCCGGGCAUUUACGGCAAGGCCAGAAACACACAGCAGCCACAAAAUGGCGACAAGAGUGGACAGCAGCUGAGGGGCCUGUUUGCUUGGAAGGCGCACCCGGCGGAGCACCUUCUUGGGUGAGGUGAUGGUGCAUAUGGUGAUUGUGUGAUGGCUGGGUGGGUGGGGCUGCCUGCCUGCCUGCGUGUCUGAGGGAGGUGUGUGUGCGCUCUGUCUGUGCAUUGCAAGGGUGUUGAUAACGAGUCGAUUGACAGCAGGAGAGGAUGAGUGGAGUGGUAGGUAGAUCCAGCUGUGGGCUGUCGCAGACAAGACAAG